AGGGAAAGUUAAAAGCAUUUUAUUUUUAAUUGCUGGGGGGGCAAAGAAGUGGAAAUGAGGAAAAGAAGAACAGCUUUCGAAGAAAACAAAUAGUAAACGAAGAAAAGUCGUUUACUCGUUUCCGUUUCCAGAGUUUUUAGAGAGAAACAGCAAAAAAUUAGAAUUAAAAAAAGAUCAAAGCCUUGUACGACAAAUUCAGAUCUGCAGCAGCCAUCAGGUAAGCGAGAGCGAGAGCAGCAAUGGAGUCAGAAACGGCGUCGUCGGCGGAUGAACAGCAAGCGGCUGGUUCAGCAGCUGAUACUAGAGGCAAACAUCGGAUUCUUGCCCAACUCAAGCGUGUCGAACAAGAAUCCAAGUUCCUCGAGGAAGAGAUGGAAGAGCUUGAGAAAACAGAUAACGUGUCAACCUUGUGCAAGGAAUUGCUGCUUAGCAUGGAGACCAGACCUGAUCCACUACUUCCACUAACAAAUGGUCCCAUAAACCCAUCAUGGGAUGUAUGGUUUGAAGGGCCUCAAACAUCACAAGGUUGCAGAUGCCAGAUUCUGUGAUUUGAAGGCAAUCUAACAUUUGUUUUGUUGCCAAGAUAUGUUAUAUAACAUACAUGUUUAACAUUUUACAUCUCUCAAUUGUUAACAAAUAUUCAAUUCACUCAUGUCCACAUUGUGCAAUACCAAAAUUUUGGGAUGGCUCAAACUGAAAUGUAAAAUCUACUCUCUUUUUAUUUAAUGUUGAGAUGAAAUUUGUAAUAUCAGAUAUAUAA